UAAUUUCUCGCAACAGCUGUUCGGUUGCCCUCUGAAAACAAUAACAAUAAGGGAGAAAGUUAUUUUCAGUUUCGAAGCUGCAGAUGCAGAAACAGAGGAAGCUAAACCUUCCAGCGCACGAACUAACCGCAGUUUAGCCGCAAUUUGCAGGGGCAAACGGAACGCGUUGCUCCAGCUCAAAAAUAGAAUGGAAGUGACCUUCAAAAAAGCCCGACUGGGAAUGGACGGGAAUACGUCACCAACGGUGGACGAGGAAAGCGACGAGGGCUCCUCUGGCUCCGAUUCGUUCGGCUGGUGGGCCCUGCCGGAGCCAGCUCUUUUAAUGAUCUUCGAGCGCCUAAGUGUGGCUGAUCUCCUGAAGGCAAGCCGAUGCUGUCGUAGGUGGCACAGCAUUGCCCAAGACGAUCUGCUAUGGCGCCAAAAGUUCCAGGAGCACUUCAGGGCCUCUCCGAGCGUUUCGCUGAAGCCGGGGGCCGAGAGCUGGCGGUCGGAAUACCAACGCCUGUCAAUGCAUAUACCUUUCGUUCAGGCCCAGCGCUUGGAGCCUACAGUGGAGAACAACCAUGGGCACACUCACCAAGUGCUGCAUGUGAGCUUUGCCCACAACGGCGAAAUGUUUGCCACCUGCUCCAAGGACGGCUAUGUGAUAAUAUGGAACGCUCAGCACCCAUGUACAGAGAAGUAUGCGCACAACAUGAAACAGUUUAGCUGGAAGUAUUCCCAGUACUCGCAGUUCAAUCAGAGCGACACGUUGCUACUAGUCUCCGGUGUCCAUUUUGGAUCGCCACAAUCAACAUCUGGGGAGAUUGCGGUGUUUUAUCUGGGGGCAACUGAGUCACACCUACGCUGCCGUGUGGUUAACCGUCCUUACGACAUAUUUGGCACCUGGUUCAGCGAUCAAUAUUUAAUCUCGGGCGACCUCCACUGGCUGGCGCAUCUUGUAAGCACCUCGGUUCUGUGGCUGAACAAGGCUAAUCAGGAGAUUGACUCGGAGCAUGUACCGAUCAUGAGUCAGCUUUACAAGUUCUACAAUAGAAACGCUAGUUCGGUCAGGGCCAUAAUGGUGGCCAGAUGUCCCUGGCUGGACGAGAGCAACGAUCCGCUGGUAACGAUGGCGGUGCAAGACCCUCACAGUGCGGCGCUCUCGCUGCAGAACAGCGAUCCGGGGUCCAGCUCGCAGGCCAGUGGCAAUCCACUGUCCCAUGCGGCCAGCCUUCGUCGAACAAGGAGCGCCACACCGGAGGAGAACUACUUGCCGGACAUCAGCGAGCGGCGUUCCAGAACGCGACCCGGGGAUGCCACCAUUCACUACUUGGAGGAAUACAGGAAAGCGGUUGCUAGCGCCAACGAACCGAGCGAAGACGGUGAAGAGGAGUACGACUCCAUGGAUGUACAAGAAGAAUACGACGAGAUGGAGAACAAUAUGCCAAAAUAUCUAAUUUUUUCAACGGGUUCUAAGACCUUUACGCCCCACCAAAUCGGUUUCAAGCGCAUACGCAACGUAUACUUUCCUAAAAAGCUGGAUCCUGGGCCAACUCUUAAGGAAAGAAUAGCUGCAAAGCGGGCCGCUGAGCAACAGCAGCAGCAGACGCCUCGCACCGAUCCGGACUGGUGGGACUAUGAGUCAGUCAAGGAUAGGUUCGACAAGGUGGACAAGGUGAUAGAUCUGCACGGACACAUCAUCGGCAUGGCUCUGAGCCCAGACCAUCGGUACUUGUACGUCAACACACGUCCCUGGCCAAAGAACUACGUGAUCACCAAUCCUCUGGAGCCGCCACCCAUCGCCCAAGAAAUAGAUAUUCACGUAAUCGACCUGAUGACUCUCAAGCGGGUGGGAAAUAUGCUACGCGCCCACAAGGCGUACACGCCCAGCACGGAGUGUUUCUUUAUCUUUCUGGACGUGUGCGAGGAGUACGUGGCAAGUGGCGCGGAAGAUCAGCACGCUUACCUCUGGGAUCGAUACUACGGCAUCAGCCUGGCCAAGUUUAAGCACUCGGACGUGGUUAACAGUGUGGCCUUCAACCCGCGCGACUCAGAGAUGCUGGUAACCACUAGUGACGAUUACACAAUCAAGGUCUGGCGCUCACGGGCAAAAGCAAAAGAGUUUAAUAUCCCCAAUAACGUCAGCGAAUCAUAUGAGCUCAAGCCCAAAAUCUGAAGGUCCAAUGUGAUUUCGAAUCCCCAAUGCAUUAGUUAUCACUGCCCAAAAACAUCGUCUUGCUUGUAGAUCCAAGAGCUGGUUGGUUCCGUGUUGUUAACGUUUAUAAUUACACAUAUUUAAAUUGCAGUAA